UUUUUUGGUACAUUUUUUUGUUUUCGUGAUGUGGGUCCCCCGAGGUGCGAGAUCACUCUCCUUGGGCACUCCAACAUCAGUUAUAAAACUUGGUCACAGGACUACCACAGCUCUUGUCACAAGGUCUCAAGGUUUGAUAGAGCCCCUUACAUGUACCCUGUCCGUCAACCAGCGUUGGCAGGGUCAGGAUUGCACUCCACUGUUCACAUUGAUGAAUUUUUCCGGUGCUCGGUUGAUUUAGACCGCCACGAUAGUGCUGUGAAGAAUUGACUUCCCCAAGCAAGAGGCAGGGAAUUAUAGUCUUCUUAGACUAUCAUCCUCAUCACGGAACACCCACUAUCCUCGAGCUUGCUGAAAUCUGAUUUCUUGUGUCGAAGACCUUCUAAUGCAGUUAUGCCGAGGUCGGUUUUCAUUUGCUUGCGUUGAGCUGUAGGUUGCACUUCAAUUUUGAAGGGGAACUGAAAUAACCAUGGAGAACAAGGACUCGAGGGUACUUGCUCUCUGCAUUCUGGGGAUAUUGAGCUGGGCAAGGAGUUUCAGUGGAGCUGCCGGAGCUAGGUGGGUGGGUGACUCAUGGGAGCUCGUGGUCAAAAAUGCAGGGGUGUCUGCAAUGCACAUGGCGCUCACGCACACCAAUAGAGUUAUCAUGUUUGACAGAACGGAUUACGGACCAUCGCAGAUUAAGCUUCCGGGGGGUUUCUGCCGCAAGAAUCCCAGGGACCUGGCUCUCAAAGUAGAUUGCUGGGCGCACUCUAUCGAGCUCGAUUUGACCACAAGUAAGAUCAGGCCAUUGACGGUGAUGACGGACACAUGGUGCUCAUCAGGUGCUUUUCAAGCGGAUGGCUCGCUCACGCAGACUGGAGGGUGGAACGAUGGCGGCACUGCAGUGCGCAAAAUCGGUUACACUGGAUUGGACGACUGGAAGGAAUUCGAAAACUCUCUUGCAGCGGCACGAUGGUAUGCAACAAACCAAAUUCUUCCCGAUGGGCGGCAAAUCGUGAUAGGGGGAAGACGGCAGUUUAACUACGAAUUUGUUCCUCGCUUCCGGGGCGAAGGAGUGCACCCCUUGCCUCUGUUAGCGCAAACCAACGACCCAGAAGCGGAGAACAACCUCUACCCGUUUGUCCAUCUCUCCACGGAUGGCAACCUGUUCAUCUUUGCAAAUCAAGACUCGAUUCUCCUCAACUACAAGACUGGAAAAGAAGUGCGCAGAUUUCCAAGGUUAGCUGGCGGUCCUCGAAACUACCCCUCUUCUGGAUCUUCAGUGUUGCUCCCCAUCACGGCUGUGGACGGUUACAAAGCAGCGGAGGUCUUGGUAUGCGGGGGAUCUCCACAGGGCUCCUUCCAGAACGUGGGGUUGGGGAAAUUCGCUCAGGCGCUUCAAACAUGCGGGCGCAUUCUGAUCACAUCCCCGAACCCGCAAUGGGCUAUAGAGAAUAUGCCAUCCCCUCGAGUGAUGGGGGACAUGCUCAUUCUCCCCACAGCCGAGGUUCUGAUUAUUAACGGUGCGAAGUUCGGCACGGCGGGGUGGGGCGUAGCCCGACAGCCGUCUCUCGGACCCGUCCUCUACACUCCAGAAACUCGCCGAUUCCAAGAGAUGACACCCUCCGCCAUCCCCCGGCUCUACCACUCCACCGCCAUUGUCUUACCCGACGGGAAGAUCCUAGUCGCCGGCAGCAAUCCCAACCCGGGAUACAGUUUCGUCGGCGUUCUGAACCCCACAGAGCUCCGCAUCGAGAAGUACAGCCCUUACUAUCUCUACAAAGGCUACAACUUCCGGAGACCACACAUCACCAACAUCGACAACGCGAACCCCAAGUACGGAGCAGCGUUCAAGGUGACAUUCAAGGUGGCGACAGCACCCACAGGCGUCAAGUUCCAUCUCUACGCGCCACCCUUCGUCACCCACACGUACUCCAUGAACCAGCGGAUGCUAGUGCUGGGAUCCAAGCCCCCAGUUGCAGUAGGGGGCGGUCUGUAUGCUGCCACCGUCGUGGCUCCUCCUACCGGCGUCAUUGCUCCAGCAGGCUACUACAUGCUCACAGUCAUCAACGGCGGCACACCGAGCCCCUCGGCUUGGCUUCACGUCGACUAACGUCGCGACUGAUUCACGAUGUUGUCCAGCACAGUCUCAUCGUUGUGACUGCAGAAGAAGCAGCAGCAUCUAAUCCAUUACCAAACCUGGUUCAGCAAAGCUGAUCCGAAUACUGUACCUGAGAUGUUGAACUCCGGUCUGCAGGUUGCAUCGACAUCCAUUGUAGUGGAUUCCUCAGCGUGCGGCGUCUGAUUGAAUUCGGUGAACGCCAUGUCUGCAAGGAGACACGCAGCAGAAGAAGAAGCACAUCACCAUGCUCGGAGCUGGGGAUUGCUAGAUUAGUGAGUCCUUGACCAUGGCAACAUGUGUGUGUGGGCAUUGUUUCCAAUUGUAGGAGCAGCAGCAGCAGAAGUUGAUGGAGAAGAAGAAGAAGAAGAUGAGAAGGAGGAGGACACAUUUUUAUAGUGAGAGUGUGUGUUGUACUGGAGUUUCCGUUUGUGAAUGUGUGUCAUGAAAUGUGCAUUCUCCAUUUCAUGUCUUGUCUUUUGUCAGCUGAUAUGGUUUUUUGAAGAUUUUAUUCAACUUGAUUUCCUUUCAUACAACUUCGGAUGUGGAAUGCAAGAAAAAUUAUAAUAGAAACCAAAAAAAACAUAAAUGAUAAUCACAUUCUGUUUGA